AAGCGACCCAGCAACGGGUCACACUGCUGAUCUAGAGAUUUUUCGAGGCGUAAUUUACACUCUACACAUUUGACAAACUUCCAACAAAGGGAUAAAUGCAACAGCAAAAGCAUCGUUUGAAAUAUGAGUCGAAAGGGAACGCGAGAACAAAAUGAUAUAUCGCUGAUAAUUGGGACGCUGCCGAAACGUCUGCAGAAUAAAAUCGCUGCCAGCUGCAGCCACGCAGCAGCAGCAGCAGGAACAACAGCAACAACAACAAAAGCGUUUGCGACGGAGACGGAAAACGCAGAGAAUGCGGAGCCAGUGGCUACGAUAGCGAAUGCUUCAAGGCCAGUCGCCAUCCUGAGCAAUGCGGCCGCAGGAAAGGGUAAAACCGAUGCCCAGGUCAAACAACCCGUUUUGGAUACCAGCGGGAAAGUGGCGCGAGAAGGCGGGAUUCCGGGCAUUCUGCGCGUGGCCACCUCGGUGGCGGGAGAGGGUAAUAGGAAUGGACAGGGUCAGGGCAAGAGCGGACACAGUGCUCGGCGCAGGGGUCGCAACUCGCACUUUGGCAAGGACAAGGAGCACGCUCCGCAGUCGCCAGUGACGCGCACUCGUUUGACCACCGAACAUCCGGAUUGGUUUGAGCCGCUGUUGAGCCUGCCCCAUGCCAAGAACAUAGUCCACCUGUACGAUCAGCUCAUGGUCCUCAAUCAGCGAAAUCUUGUACUGAUAAACUGGAAGAACUUUUGCUACAUUCAUGGUCAGCUGCAGGACGCUUUCAAACAACUUUGUUUAGAGCAAUUGAAAUUCGUGUGCGAGCACAAGGUUGAUGUCUUCUUUUGGAAACUGCUCUUCUACAAUGUGCGGGAUUACCUGAAGCGUCAGCAAACGGACCAGGCGCAUACCCAUACGCUCCUGUUGAUUGAGCAGGCCACAAAGUUCUAUCGCAUGCUCUACGACAAGCUGAUGGCCAAGUGCGUGGCAUCGUCGCGCUGCGAGAGCGCUCUUAAAGUGGUGGCCCAGAGGCUGCUCAUCUGUCUAGGUGAUCUGUCGCGCUACCGGGUUAACCAUGUCAAGGCAACGGAUUACCUGGAGGCGGCCAGAUACUAUCAGCGGGCGCAGGAGCUGGUACCUGGCAAUGGGGCACCUUACAACCAGCUGGCGGUCAUAUCCAUUUAUCAUCACAAGCGCUUCGAUGCCGUUUAUUACUAUGUGCGCAGCUUGUUGACAUCGAACUCCAUUCAGACUGCCAAGGAAAGCCUGUUGGAUCUGUUCGAUGAGAUUCGGCGCAAGUACGAGGAGACCGAGAUGAAACAAUCUCCCAUGCACUAUGCAGCUGCAUCAAAGAAUCAAAAGUCGAAGCAAAUGCGCAAGGAGGUAUGGAUCUAUCCGGAUGGCAUCAGACGCCUACAUCGCACCGAUGACAAGGGAAACAAGGCGAAGGGCAACAAGGCCACCAUGGCGGAGGUCAAUCGUUACGAGGAGAUGGCGCCGGAGGAGCUUCUGCCCCGUAUUAUGUCCCUUUAUCUGUACUUGAUAGGCAAACUCUACACAGGCACAGAUGUGGACUCGUUAUAUCCGCUGCUAAGGAAACUGCAAAUCCAAAUAGGCGUCGCACUGAAGCACGACAACCUGUUGUCACGCUCCAAACUGCUGAAAAUAGUGGCACUCAACUUGUUCGUCGUCGAGCACAACAAACGGAAAACGUCACGCCGUGAGAUGCGUUAUCACAGCUUCAAUUUUGCCAACUCAUUCUUUGGGCUCAUGGUGAAGAAAACAAACCAGCUGCUGGCUGGUUUUGUGGAAGACUCUACAAACAUCCAGUGUCUCCCAGAAGAAGAUUUUACGACUGUAAACACAUAUCUUCUGUACGUAAAUGUUUAUGUACAUUGGUUGGGCAUCAAUUCGGACGUGUGGGAACCUGUCAGAUCGGAAGAACACUCUUUCAUCGAUUGCUGGGCUGAGCUAACCACCCUUUUUGAUUACAUUGAAUGCUUGAUGGGAAAGCACAAACUGGAGAAAAAAGAAAUACUGUUGGAUGAGGAUGUUGCCCUCAGCGGUUUCAAUCCGUUGGGCCGUGAAACGCUAAGCAAGGAUUGCCUUAAACGAGGAGCCGAGCGUCUUCAGUUUUUCGAACGUGUUCGUAGGAUUGGUCAGUUCCAAGCAUACUACGUCGAGCAUCAAGAGGCUCUCCAGCAGCCGUUGGAAUCGAGCUUCAUUAUUGAGCAUUUAAACGCAGCGAUGAAGAACGCAUUGGAAAGCUUUGAUGCCGAAAGUUGUGGUCUUACGGCGAACGUUUCAAAGAUUCACAGUCCGGCCGUUGAGGAAUUGUUGUGUCGUUCAACUGAUAGCGAUGUUUCUGAGCUGUGCAAGCUGAAGAAGGAACUGGAGGCCAAGGCUAGAGUUAAGCAGAUAUGCACCAGCAAGCUGGAGGACAUUCUCAAGUUCGUGGACACGAAAAUAUACAUCGAGGUGCGACCGCGCUACCUUCUACCGGAUACCAACUGCUUUAUCGACUGCCUUGAAGACUUCGAGAAACUGUCCACAGAGUUUAAACGCUAUACUCUCAUUAUACCGCUGACAGUGGUAAAGGAACUGGAUGGUCUCUCCAAGGGCGUUAAGUUGGACUCUUACCGCAGCUCGAAGCAGACGCAGCGCAUCCACCACUUUGACGAGGUGUCGUCGCGGGCCAAAAAGUCGUUAGAGUUUAUCAAGUCGGCCAAAAGCAAUGUGAAGUGUGCUACCACGAAGGGCUCGUUUGUCAAUGCUUCGGUGUUUGCUCUAGUUGAGGAGGAGUAUCUCUCCAACGACGACAAGAUUCUGGCAACGGCAAUGGCUGUCUCGAAAACAUCGAAAUCCGAACAAUGCACAGAUGGCAAGUGUUUCAUUCAAACGGAAUUGGUGCUCAUUACCACCGAUCGAAAUUUGCGUGUGAAGGCUCUUUCUCGCAACUUGGCUGUCAGCGCGUUGGAUGAGUUCCUGCAGUGGGCCAAGGACUGCCGCGAAUCAACCUGAAAGCCGACUUGCGCUGCGAGUGGACCGGCUAACAAUUGGAAUGGACUUGCACAUCGCACAGUGGUGGUGCGGAGCGAGCUCGAGAUAUUAUAUUACCUACAUUAUACAUAAAUGACUAUGUAAGUCGGGGUCGGAAGAUGCAGACACAUACGCUGACUGCGGAUACGUACACGACGUGGAUUCCUGAGGACUGGUCACGGGUACACAGGCGCGGAUGUUGUGGUGUUUCCCCGGGUUGAUGCUUUGAUGAAGCACAUCUCGUUGGUUUCCAAUCAUCUAAUUUGUUUUUUCUCACUUCUUCAAAUUUAUAUUUUGUGACUUUCGGAAUUAAAUCAUUUUGGAUUGUUGUUCAA